AUUUGACCUAACGCGGCGUAAAAGUUACAGUUGGAGAUAAUGAGGACUUGCCGUAGAACAGACACGGCAGCAACUCCGGCGUCAUUGCUCCCCGAAACCCUCACAAUAAAACCCAUUGUUCAAGCGCCGUCUAAAAAGACUAGAGGAUCAAAGACGAAGAAGAAGUGUGUUACAGGAUUUUGGGAUCUAAAAAUUCCCUCGGAGCUCCUGCAGGAUAUACUAUCCCGGCUCGGACCAAAAGCUAACAUACAAGCUUCCGUGGUCUGCAAGGCAUGGUUUGAAGCAGCUGUUUCCGUCAGGAAGUUCCUGCCUCUUCCUUGGGCUUUUUAUCCAUUAUCACAAGACGGAGACUACAUUCUUUUUGACCCAUCAACGUCUCAAACACAUAAGCAUAAUUGUCCAGACCUAAAGGGCCAUGAAGCACUCUCUGGUUCUAGGGAUGGUUGGUUGCUUGUGGCAACAAGGAUUGCAACAAGUAAUAAUUCCUCGUCGAAACGGCCGCUCCAACGUCAACUAGUUGUUUGGUGGUCUCCUUCUCACAAAAAAAGUAAAAGACUUAGCUUUGUAAUCUCUACUUGGAGGCCUGGUGAAACCGUAUGGACCAAUCAUCGCUACGAGAACAGAUGCACUGGAGUAUGGGAAAACUGUGUCUUCUCGAACGGUGUGUUCUAUGCUCUCAGUAAGUGCGCCGUCCUCGGGAUUUUUGACCCGUGUAAAGCAACGUGGGAUGUUCUUCAAGUGAAGUCCUGGCCCAAUUGCGACUAUUGUCAGAUAGAACUCUUUUUGAUGGAGCAUGGUGGGAACAUCUUUGUUUUGUCUACACGCCGCUACACCUACGACCAGAAGUCGGUGUUUAAACUAAACCUUGAAGGCAUGAUAUGGGAAGAGAAGAGCGAGAUUUGUGGAAUGACUGUAUUAGCACGUUACAUCGAGCUUGGUGUUGUCUCUCUGCAAAGAUCUUGUUGUCUCUCGGCGAAGGAGAGGAACGGAAGAUGUCCAUCGACUAAUGAGUUAGCUAGCUUGUACUACUCCCUCUUUGGUGAGAAAAACUCUCGUCCUCCUACAAGUACCUCUUUCUCUAACCGCAUCGCUUGGGUGGAUCCACCUCACAACAACGUUAACUUUUGGGAGAUAAUGAUUACUGGCCGUCGAACAUACACAGCAGCAACUCCGGCGUCAUUGCUCCCCGAAACCCUCACAAUAAAACCCAAUGGUCAAGCGCCGUCUAAAAAGGCUAGAGGAAAUCAUGGAUCAAAGAAGAAGAAGAAGUGUGUUACAGGAUCGUGGGAUCUGAAUAUUCCCACAGAGCUCCUGCAAGAGAUACUAUCCCGGCUCGGACCAAAAGACAACAUACAUGCUUCCGUGGUAUGCAAGACAUGGUUUGAAGCAGCUGUUUCCGUCAGGAGGUUCCAGCCUCUUCCUUGGCUUUUUUAUCCAUCAGAAGAAGACGGAGACUACAUUCUUUUUAACCCAUCAAGGUCUCAAAAAUAUAAGCAGAAUUCUCCAGAACUAAAGGGCCAAGAACUGAUCUCUUAUUCUAGGGAUGGUUGGUUGCUUGUGGUAGAAGAUAAACACUCGAAGUCUGGAUUCUUUCUUAACCCGUUUACCCGGGAACAUAUCAGCUUACCCAAUAGGCCACCCUUCUUCUCAGGCCACUGCUUAGCUUUCUCAGCCGCUCCAACAUCAACUAGUUGUUUGGUGGCCUCGUUCACACAAAAAAGGAAAAGACACUUGGUGAUCGCUACUUGGCGUCCUGGUGAAACCAAAUGGACUAUUCAUCGCUACCCGACGACAUCGUCCAGUGGAAGAUGGAACAAGUGUGUCUUCUCGAACGGUGUGUUCUAUGCUCUCAGUGACUGCGGCUUCCUUGGGGUGUUCGACCCGUGUAAAGCAACGUGGAAUGUUCGUCCAGUGAAACCAUGGGACUGUGCCGCCUUUUGUGAUAUAGAUUUCAGUAGAAGUGUGUUGUUGAUGGAGCAUGAUGGGAACAUCUUUGUUAUGUCGGGUGAAAGAGGCAACAACAACCGGUCGGUAUUUAAACUAAACCAGGAACGCAUGGUAUGGGAAGAGAAGAGCGAAGAAGUGUGUGGUUUGACAGUAUUUGCAACUUACGCUGCCUCUAUAACAGGUUCUUGUUCAUAUCCAUCGACUAAUGGGCUACUUAGCGUGUACUACUCCCUCGUUGAUGACAAAAGCUCCCGUUCCCCUACAACUACCUCUUUGCCUCACCGCGUCGCUUGGGUGGAUCCACCUCACGACAACGUUAAUCUGUGA